CCUCCUGCUCUAGGUAGCUACCCUCCCGGGCGUGUAGAAUCGCUGUAUCCGCGCGCGCUCCGCAGCCAUGGAGAUUCCCGGGAGUCUGUGCAAGAAAGUCAAGCUGAGCAACAACGCGCAGAACUGGACAGGAUACCACUGACAAAACAAAGUAGGAAUUGCACUGAAGUCCAGCUUGGUGAACUAGUGAGUUUAUUGAGCAAGCUUACAGAGAAUAAGAGUGAGGAGUGAUCUCAACACAGCUGCAUCACCUCAAAAUCCUCAGAGUCCUACCCUGUCAUGGAGGAUGACGUCAUGGAGUUCCUAACCUUCCACAUCUUCCAUGCUGUAGGAUUUCUCCACUUGUUGCUGGCAGGGAGGACAGGGCAGUUUCAUGGCUGGUUUCUUAGGGAAUGCAGAGAGCAACUAAUGUCACCUAUCAAGCCCACCAUGUCAGCAGGAACAAGAGGGGUCAGGUUGUGGGGACCAGAGGUGGCUUUCGUGGUUGCACAGUUUGGCUAACAGGCCUGUCUGGAGCCGGGAAGACCACAGUGAGCAUGGCUUUGGAGGAGUACUUGGUUUGCCAUGGCAUUCCGUGCUACACUUUGGAUGGUGACAAUAUCCGUCAAGGUCUCAAUAAAAACCUCGGCUUUAGUCCUGAAGACAGAGAAGAGAAUGUGCGACGCAUUGCAGAAGUCGCCAAGCUGUUUGCAGAUGCUGGCCUAGUGUGUAUCACUAGUUUUAUAUCGCCUUAUACACAGGAUCGCAACAAUGCACGACAGAUUCACGAGGGUGCAAGCUUGCCCUUUUUUGAAGUGUUUGUUGAUGCUCCUCUGCAUGUUUGUGAGCAGAGAGAUGUCAAGGGGCUCUACAAGAAAGCACGGGCUGGGGAAAUUAAAGGUUUCACUGGAAUUGAUUCUGAAUAUGAAAAGCCAGAGGCCCCAGAGUUGGUGCUGAAAACAGACUCCUGUGACGUUAACGACUGUGUCCAGCAAGUUGUGGAACUUCUACAGGAACGGGAUAUUGUACCUGUGGAUGCCUCUUACGAAGUAAAAGAACUAUAUGUGCCGGAAAAUAAACUUCAUUUAGCAAAAACAGAUGCGGAAACAUUACCAGCGUUGAAAAUUAAUAAAGUAGAUAUGCAGUGGGUGCAGGUUUUGGCAGAAGGUUGGGCGACCCCACUGAAUGGCUUCAUGAGAGAGAGGGAGUACUUGCAGUGCCUUCAUUUCGAUUGUCUUCUGGAUGGAGGUGUCAUUAACUUGUCAGUGCCUAUAGUUCUGACAGCUACGCGGGAGGACAAAGAGAGGCUGGACGGCUGCACGGCAUUUGCUCUGGUGUAUGAGGGCCGCCGUGUGGCUAUUCUCCGCAACCCAGAGUUCUUUGAGCACAGGAAAGAGGAGCGCUGUGCCAGACAGUGGGGGACAACAUGCAAGAACCACCCCUACAUUAAGAUGGUUAUGGAACAAGGAGAUUGGCUGAUUGGUGGAGAUCUUCAAGUCCUGGACCGGAUUUACUGGAAUGAUGGUCUUGAUCAGUAUCGCUUUACUCCUACUGAGCUCAAGCAGAAGUUUAAAGAUAUGAAUGCUGAUGCAGUCUUUGCAUUUCAGUUGCGAAAUCCAGUGCACAAUGGACAUGCUCUGUUGAUGCAGGAUACCCACAAGCAGCUUCUAGAGAGGGGCUACCGGCGCCCUGUGCUGCUCCUCCAUCCUCUCGGGGGCUGGACAAAGGAUGACGACGUUCCUCUGAUGUGGCGCAUGAAGCAACACGCUGCAGUGCUGGAGGAAGGGAUCCUGAACCCUGAAAACACAGUGGUGGCCAUCUUCCCUUCGCCUAUGAUGUAUGCUGGGCCAACCGAGGUCCAGUGGCAUUGCAGAGCACGGAUGGUCGCAGGAGCCAACUUCUACAUUGUUGGACGAGACCCUGCUGGCAUGCCUCAUCCAGCAACUGGGAAGGACCUCUACGAGCCGACCCAUGGGGCCAAAGUGCUGACAAUGGCCCCUGGCCUAAUCACCUUGGAGAUAGUUCCCUUCCGGGUGGCAGCUUACAACAAGAAGAAGAAGCGUAUGGACUACUAUGACUCUGAGCACCAUGAGGACUUUGAAUUUAUUUCAGGAACACGGAUGCGCAAGCUUGCCCGUGAAGGCCAGAAGCCUCCGGAAGGUUUCAUGGCUCCGAAGGCCUGGACUGUGCUGGUGGAGUACUACAAGGCUUUGGAGAAGGCGUAGGCCGCGAAGCCCGUCACUCCGCCUGAGCCACGUCACUGCAGAGCAGAGGGGACCACGUCGUCGCUGUUGGCAUUUCUUUGUGGCUAUGUCUGUCUUGACACACCUCCUAAAAACAGACCAUUUUCCUUAACCUGCAUCAGUUUUGGUCUGCCUUAUAAGUUCUGUUUGGAACUAAUGUAACACACUGCUGGUCUUAAUGUAUCUUUACUAUAAUUAAUACUCUUGUAAUGCGAUUUUAAAAUCUUGCCUUUUUAUAUGGUAUUUAUGCUUCUGUCUUAUGAUUCUUUUCCAGCCGUUUUAUUAGGUAUAACCAGUAAUAUACGUAUUAAAUCUCACUUUUCAUCCCUUAAGAAAGGGGGGAAAUUACUAAACAAUAAACUUGGCUAAAUCUCGUUUGGGGAACUUUACAAGACAUCUGUGGCAAUUAGGAUUUUUUUUUCUACAUAAAAAAUGUAAACGGUUUCCUCUCCCAGUUAGCUAUUGGUUUUUCCCCCUUAUAAUCUGAAGUAAUCUUAUGAACUGUGUAUGCUCUGAUUGAACUUCUUAUUCAAUAAAAAUAAAUUUUUGGCUUCUUA